AUGCGACGGGCAUUGGAGCUGUUGCCUGACUGCGUCCUUCGCCGCCCGCUGGCAGCGUCGACUACGACAUGCAUCUUGCGGCGGUUUCGGACUCAGUCCGGGGUGGCCGCUGAGGCCGAGCAGGAGGAGCUUGAAAAGGACAAGGCUGCAUUGAGAAAGUACUCGAUUCUGGCGGGCGUUGGCCUCUUGUGCGCGGGCACACUUUGGUAUGGCUCGAGGCAGGCAAAUCGGCGGUACUUUGGCUCCGAGGGCAGUGCGCGGGUAAACGUUGAGACGCGCGGUCGACCGGCACUUGGAGGCCCCUUCGUUCUUGUGAAAACUGAUGGCGAACCCGUCACGCAGGCAGAGUUUUUGGGUUCGUGGACUUUCUUUUACUUUGGCUUCACGCACUGCCCGGAGAUCUGCCCAGUGGAGUUAAAUCGCAUGUCAAAAGUGGUGGACGCCGUGCGGGCACGACGCCCCAAAGAUCGUAUUCUCCCGCUCUUCGUCUCCUGCGACCCGCGGCGGGACUCGCUGGAGGCCAUCGCAGAGUACCUCUCCGACUUCCAUCCGGACUUUAUUGGGCUUGUGGGGACGCCGAAGCAAGUGAAUGAUGCCUGUAAGUCGUAUCGCAUCUACUACUCGCUG